UCACACACAUUACCACUGCGGUACUCACUGUUACUUGCUUUAAUGGUGGAUGAAUGUCUACCUUUGAUUGCAGGUGGGGACACAGCUUAUACAGCGUGCUGUUAACAGUCCCACCACGUCUACUCCGUGUGUUUCUCUGCACAGGCCCGGUGCACCCAGGACGCGAUCUUCCCAGAUGUCCUUCACUGCGACGGCGGGACACCACGGACCCUGGGUGCAUCCACAGCGGAGGACGCGAGCCGGGUCCCGGGCGACGACCUCUCCCCCUCCUGCCUUCGAGAUCUCCAUCCGGAACCGCUUCGCUCCCCUCCGCGAGACAGGACGCGACACUGUGAUCAUCGGAGACUCCAUCGUCCGACACGUAAGUGCUACGUUAGCCAAAGGUAAAGUGCACACUCAUUGUUUGCCUGGUGCUCGUGUUCUCGAUGUUUCUGCGCAGAUACCCGUGAUCCUGAAGGCCGAUGAGAGCCCCAGAGCGGUCGUGCUUCACGCCGGGGUUAACGACACCACGCUGCGGCAUACGGAAAUGCUGAAGAGGGACUUCAGCAGCCUGAUCGAGACGGUUCGCAGCACGAUGCCUGCGGCGAUGAUCAUCGUGUCAGGACCACUGCGCACAUAUCGACGAGGACACGAAAAGUUCAGUAGACUUUUUGCUUUAAAUGAAUGGUUGAUGUCAUGGUGUAAAGAACAGAAACUGCUAUUUGUUAAUAACUGGAAUCUUUUCUGGGAGCGUCCUAGGGUGUUUCGCGCUGAUGAAUUACACCCCAGCAAAAUCGGAGCGGAGCUGCUUUCUGACAACAUCUCCAGGACACUUCGCUCCUUGUAACUAGAUUUACACAAGCUCCAGUCUGGAUCCAGAACACCUGAGAAGAGAUGAUGCUGACCCUCACAGGACCUCAGAUAAUGCUAACCCUGAAUCAACAAACAGAACUAGCAAUAAUUGCUACAUGUGUGACUGCAUCAUAUAAUAAUAAUUAAUUAAUAAUAUUAAUAAUGUUCAUCGUCUAGCUGACUACGUCUUGAAUUAAUUUUUUCUAAAAAUCCUGUCAAACGUGCACAAACUGACAGUCACCACCAUAAGUUACUAUUAAAUAUUGUAGAAACAUAAUUUUCUGUAAAGUUGCUUUGUAACGAUUUGUAUUGU